ACCGCGGCGGCCGAGCGAUAAAAAGGGCUCGCGAGGCGGCCGUGGGAGCUCGCAGGAAACGCUCCCCGCGCCCACAGCCCCGGCCUCUGCAGCACAGAGAAAAGGCACGGCCAAAAGGCACGGCCAAAGGACAGACAGACGGCCGGACAGACGGCCGGACCCCGCUGGGGCCAAGCCCUCCCGCUCGGCACCUCCGCCGCGGAGCCCAGGCGUAUGGUGUUGCAAGAGGCCACCUUGCACCACUCAGCCACCUCCCCAGGGACCGUCGGGCCACAAGCUUCAAGCUCAGGAUCAAGCGCACGGAGGAGGGCGAGGGACCAUGUUCCAGGCCACGGAAGCCGCCAGCACCCCCCCGGCUCAUGAGGCAAAGAACAACUCAGGAGGCAGCACGGUGCAGCGCUCCAAGUCCUUCAGCCUGAAGGCGCAGGUGAAGGAGAUGUGCACGGCCUGCCAGAAGACCGUCUACCCCAUGGAGCGGCUGGUGGCAGAUAAAUUCGUCUUCCACAAUGCCUGCUUCUGCUGCAAGCACUGCCAUGCCAAGCUCAGCCUGGGCAGCUACGCGGCGCUCCACGGGGAAUUCUACUGCAAGCCCCACUUCCAGCAGCUCUUCAAGAGCAAAGGCAACUACGACGAGGGCUUCGGGCGCAAGCAGCACAAAGAGCUGUGGGUGCACAAGGAAGUGGAGAGCGGGACCAAGACGGCGUGAGUGGGACCCAGCCCAGCCUUCCCUGGAUGGAGCCGAGCAGAGACGGCGCGGAGCACUGCUGAGCCGGCAGCUAACUGAGCUGAUGUAAAGCAAAGGGGACCCCAAGAGCCCGUGGGCGGUAAGGGAAGGGAGGCAGCCCGAUUUUGAGGCCUCUGGAGGAUGUCUAGAGGGGUCCUGCAGAACCUAAGGACAGGGCAGAGGUGAGCGGGGUGUAGCCCCCAAACCUGAAGCCCUCUCUCCCUGAUGAGAUCAGACCAGAAGCACUUGCCCCCAUGGGAAUGCCCCAGCCCUGUUCACACAUAUCAGGCCUGCUACCAUGGAAAAGGAGAUCUGGGGGCUCUGAGAGCCAGCCCCAACCUAGCCUGUAGGUCAGAGCAGAGCUCCCUGCUCCUGCCACACCGAUUCUGCCUUGUUGGGGCUCUGAAUAAGGAGGGUCUUUGGUUUACAUCAGCUCCGUUCAGCUGGGAUUGUUCAGCCUUAAGGAUGUUGCCCUGCGACUGUUUAACAGUGUCUGUCUUUUUUAUAUUUGCCUUUCUUUGGUACGUUCUGCGUUGGAGCCCGGCAGGGCCUCACGUGUGACACUGCGCCAUGCGCUCUUUUAUUUUUGUAAUACAAGGUUUCCAAGCCUUC